AACCAAAAACACGUAAACAAUUUCACCACGAUAGGUUGACCUUGACUAAACAUUCCACGUCGCCGGCCGCCUCUCCACGUCUUGUACCUGCGCUGGUCCUUGAAUUAAACAUGCAAAAGCUACCGUUGACGACGCUACAAUUCGAUAAAAGGCGAUGAGCACCGGCACGCCGCCGCCGGCCGACCUAUUCGGGUCGAGCGGCAUCGGCGGGUUCGGUUAUGGCGUGGGCGUCUCCAUCGGCAUCCUCCUCAUCGUCGCCACCAUCGCGUUCGCCGUCUACUUCUGCGCCCGCGCGUCGUCCACGCCCGUUGCCACCGCCGGCGCGUUUCCAGCGCCGGCGCCGCCCCGUCGUGACGACAACGACGUCGAGCUCGGCGGCAUCGACGAGGCGACGCUUGAGGCGUACCCGGCGGUGAUGUACCGGGAGGCGAGGAAGAAGCAGCGGCAGUCCGCAGGGGAGGAGGCUGCGUGCUGCGCCGUUUGCCUGGAGAGGUACGGGGACAGCGACGAGGUCCGGAUGCUGCCGGACUGCGGGCACCUGUUCCACCGCGAGUGCGUCGACCAGUGGCUCCGGCAGAGGCCCACGUGCCCGGUGUGCCGGACGUCGCCGCUGCCGAGCCCCAUGCCGACGCCGCUCGCCGAGGUGACGCCACUGGCGCUGGUAAGGCCGUCGUGACUCGUGAGGCGAGCGCGCGGCCGUGUCCGCUGGAACACUUGGUCCUCUUGGACCCUUGGCUUUGCUCCGUUUCAGUUUGUGUACAUAAGCCACGGUGUAAUUAGACGGUGAUGGGUUUUAGCUUAUAAGUCGAAAUUUGUAUACUCUUAUGUAAAUUGUGCAAAUAUGUGAAUUAGUCAGCAAAUGUGUGCAUAUUUAUUACAGAAGAUGAUUUGACCAGCUUAUGUUACUCUGUAAUUAAUCAAAACAUUU